AUGAGGAAGUUCGAAGCAACUGAUGUUCAAAAGAUUUAUCUUGGCAGCGACGCGUAUGAAUAUCUGUACCAGCUUAAUAAAACUCUGAAAGUCUAGGAGUUGCUCCAAGUCUCUCAGUGGAAUCAUAUCCACACUUCGAUUGAAUGAGGACGAAGUUCAUCGCAAUGAAGUGCGAUCCAAAAGUUUGUAAUUCCAAAUUACUCGGAAACCCGGAUGUUCAGAAAAAGUUCCGUUGUUUCUGCGGGCGGUUGAGUUUCGCGGAGAGGCCAGUUUGCAGUUCGAGAAGCUCGGUUUCGACCUUCGCGAUCAGUUCCAACUGGAGAUCCGUCUCAAAACAAAUGCGACCUGCGGUCAGCUCGGCGUCUUUUUUUCCAAAGGGAUUCUUCACUUUCAGGACUUUUAUUCUUCCUAACAUCAACAACAGCAGGCAGCGACUAUGCGAUGUUGUCCUUGGUCGAUUCUCAUCCCGUCUUCACGUUUGACCUUGGUUCCGGACCGGCUUCUCUCAAGUAUGUUAGAUUUAUCAUAGUUUGAAAGAAUUGAUGUAGGGAAUGAAUUACCCAUUUUUAGAGCUUCUUAGAGGUUCAAAUUGUUGUCAGUUUUCCAGCAUAUCGUAGGAACCGAAUUCUGAAGUUUUUCACGAUAUCCUUUUCCGCAAACUUCUUCUAAUCUCGAUUAUUGAUUGGUCCAUUGUAAGCUGCUUCAAAUUUAAACCAUUUCAGAGUCCCAAAAAUAACGGAGGAUGAAUGGACUUAUAUAAAAAUUGAGCGUCAACAGAGAAACACGAGUGUUUCCAUUGACGGACGUCCGGUCGGAGCCCAAAUCUCUUCGGUAAUGAUAAAAUCCAUUGUAACCGAUUUGGAAUGUCUUGGUCAUAUGUGUGGAGGUCCAAAGCAUUCCGGUUAGAAUAGCUUUUACAAAAAACCUGGGUACUUAGAAGUUUACCUCAGUAAUUUAAGAAAAAAGAAAGUUUAGAACCAUUCCACGUGCGACCAACCGUUUUCCUCAAAAUAAAGCGGCAUAAUUGAUCUAUUUUUAGUUUUCAUGAUUUUCCAGGCUUCUAACGUCCAUUUCGAUGUGGCUGAUCCGAUUUUAUACCUUGGUCAUGUUCCAGACGAAACGGUAGUGUUUUUCUAUUGUUUUUCUGAAAACUCACAUCCGUUUUCCCAGGUAUUACCUGAGGAACAACGUCUGAAUAACAAGCCGUUCACCGGCUUUUUGCGAUACUUUUCUGUCAACGAAUUCCCUCUAGACAUGCACCACGUGAGUUUUGAACAACUUUUCGGGAAACUUCAUUCAACACGCCGCAGCUGA